AUGAUGACCGUCCGUUGAAUUUCUUUUUAGACGAAAAGCAAUACACGGCCGGAAGUGCGUAAAGACAGAAUCCGAAACUAAAUUACUGACAAUAGAGCAUUUUACUACUAUAAAUUGCAUAGUGGAACCGAAAAUAAACUUAACUGUAAAAAGCAGCCGAUGGGGGCACAGAACUGAAAAAAGCUUAAAAGUCUAGAAGCAACAAUUAUGAUUUCAGGAAGAUUCAAUAGACACCGCUACAAGUUCAGUCAAUGUUUUUUAUGACGGCAGGCAGAGCGCAAGGAAUAUUAUCGCUCAAAACGCAAGGGUCUUGUUGGUGGUACCCGUGACGUUCGAAAGGAUCAUUCGGCUUUCAGAUUGCCAAAGGCGAAAAAAUCGGCUCGGAACAAACAAAUAGAUCCGGAAAGAGAGCGGACAUAUAUCGAGCAAGCAACGAACAGACGUAACAUUGACGUCAGGAGAACCGAGAAGAAGCUUCUGAAGAAUCUCCAGAAAACUCAGGGAACAGGAGAUAUCAAUUUAUUUGAGGCAUUCUGUGGUGAAGAGGAAGAGGAGGAAGAUAUUUUCUAUGGUUCCGAUCCUUCGGUGAGCUCGAAAUUGCGCCGUCUUUUGCAUUAGAGUGUUAUUUCACAGCAGGGGCCACAUUGCUCUUCAUAUCCCAACCCCACAUCUGAUGUUGGUUCGAGUCAAUUCAGAACAGGACACGUCGAAUCAAGCAAAACUUUGAUUGGCUACUUGAACGGCAAGCCUAUAACUUUCGAUUACGACGAAAUGAAGGAAACACUGCAAAGAAAGAUUAAACCGAGGAUUAAGCAAGACGAUGUAAAUAUUCAUAUUCCGUUUCUUCUAAAAUUCAAUGUUCGCAGCAUUAUUCUAAUCCGAAAAAGUUCGAGGACAAAAAUGCAAAAGUUCUUUCUAACUUCCUUACAAGCGACAAGUUCACCUCCUACCACUUCUUGCCGCAAGCGAUCGAGGCGAAGAAAUCUGUUCAGGCAAUUCUCAGAUCGGAUUUCCUUGAAUUCUUGGAUCUGUUCGUUGGAAAUUGUGAUCUAAACGAUGACUUUCCCGAGAACUGUUUGAGUCAUGAAGUAGUCUCGUUCCACGGCGUGACACAAAAUGCCAACCUUCUUCACUUGGCAGCUGCAUUCUCAACUCCGGAGGUCAGCACACACAUUUCGAUGUCCUUUCUUCAUCUUACUCUUUUUCAGUUCGUACGUAAAAUCACUGUGGAGGAAGAGUUCACGCAGAUUUUUAACUCUCGUUAUAUAGAUUUUAUUGGCGCAUUGGACUAUUAUAAAGUAAAUUGAAACGACAUUCGUCAUUGUGCGAAUAUACAAUCGUUUCAGAAAACUGUUGAAAAAUGGCUUGGCCGUUCCUGCCAUGAAGAUCGUUUGACUCCAGUUGAUGUCGCCGCUGAAUGUGGUAGACGUCAGAAUUCUAUCGAGUGCAUUUUUUCUCUUUUUGUAGAUCGAGUUGAAAUCGUUGAGAUCCUUCUGAUGCAUGAAAGAGUCCGACGUUUGAUAGCGUCGGGCCAUGGAUCUUCGCUGACACGUGGCGUAAAGUGCUUCGAAAGUUAUCGAAUUUUCGAUGUGGGUCAUAUUAAACAAGUUGGUUAACUGUUGAAAAUUACAGACCAGUCUUCUGAGCAGAUUGAUAGAGAAUGGAAAUUUCGCCAAACUGAAGCCAGAGAAUAAAAUGCAGGUCGUGAUGAAACUGAAGGAAGGUCGUGUGAACUAUGCGAUCAAUGUUGCUGCAGCGAAAGGAGACAUUGAAUCGGUGAAGGAAAUCAGAGCAAUCAGGGCGAGUUACUUAGCUGCAUUUGCGGAUAAUCGCAAGGACGACGUGACAGAUGCGGAAGAGUAUGACGAAGAUGCAGAACUGUUCCCAGAAACAACAUAUUCUCAAUGGUCCGACAUGGGUCUGAAGACUAAAUUUGAAGAAGAUACUGAAAUGGAUCUUAUAAGAAGAGAGAGGGACGAGAAGAUCGUUGGAUACAUUCAAGAGAAUGAUAAGGCGUACAGGAGAGUGAGCCCCCCUCCCGCUGCUCACAUUCUCGCUCAGUACGGCCACUACGAGCAGGUUUGUGCAUCAGAAUUCCUUCGAAUACGUCACAGUGUUUCAGUUUCAACAAUUGUCCGAUGAGAGAAAGCUAUCAGUUGACUUGUUCCGCCUUUCGCCACUCGUUUCGAUGCUCCAGUUCAGCGAUAACGAAGUUUUGGAACAAUUUCGCUUGUUCACCAAUGUGAAAAGAGAAGAUUUAUUUUUUUUUAUUUCUGAAGUCAUCGUUAAAAACAGAAAGUACGAUGAAACUGCAUGUCUCGGCGCAAUGUAUUUGUUUUCAGAGGUCUCGUGAUGCCCGUUCUAAAAGUGAUUAUUUCUAAUCCAGACAAUUUCUUUGUCAAGCCUGCCACAAAAAAACUUUACGAACAUUGUAAGUAGCCUAUUUCGACUCAGUGCUCCUUGUAAUAAGCCAAUUCCAGACGGACUACCACCGUACAUUCCACUUCCUCUUGAAACGGCACUCUCGCAAACUGAAAAUAUAGAUCUAGUUCAAACGAUUGCGCACGUUUACGUUCACCAAGGAAAGGUCAGUAAAGAAAUGUUUCCUUCAUUUUUUUUUUAAAUUAUCGGUUUCCAGUUCACUGACGCAAUGAUAAAAGAGGACGGAUUACGUUGUAUACGAUUCAUACAGGACAGGGCGGAUCGCAUUACAGACCAGCUUCGUCUCGCCAUCAUUCUGCUCGUUCUUCCCCUCGUGAACACCAUGUCUGACGAUUUCAGAACCGUUAUGGAAAUGCAUUUGAACGCGGGAAAAUCCGAUAACGUUGCCGCUUACGUUUUGCACAAGUACUCAAGGGUUUGUUUUCCCCGCACUCUUAGAUUUUCUAUUCUUAAAUUACAGCCGUUUGAAUCAGAAAAAGAGUAUCGGAUGCUAUGUGGCUCGAAAAAGGCGUUCUGCACUGCGAUGAGUGAUGCAAGAGAAAUCGUCCAGCUAUGGGGAGGCACCGAAGAAGACACUACAGAAACGCUGAAGUUCUUGUCGCAGGGAAAGUACUGCGGGCCUGUAAAGUCGUGGAUGAACAGCCAACUGCAAUCGAUGUUUAUGACUCUCUCUCCUCAGAAAAAGGCAGAGAUAAUGGAAGAGUGGAAGAAACCAACGAAAACGGAAGAUCAUGCGAUGAGCAAACUAAAAGCGGGCUUCGCAAGGGUGACUCUUGAUGACUUAGAUAUUUUUUGUUAAUGACGGGUGUACCAGCAUUUUUAUACUUUAAAUGAAAUAAAAACAGUUUUCAAUCCGAUUUCGUAUUUUGUGUUUCAAAUUCCACUGUCCGUGGUUCUCAGUCCUACGUAUUUAUUGUUUUUUUUUUAGUUUUCCUGCCGCCUUUGCAUUUUCAUCUCUUAUUUUUCCAGAAUGUUCCGAGUAACUUCGAUAAGCGUGCGCGCCUACGCAAAAUCUGCUGCUGCUCCGAAAUUCCAAGUUCCGGUCGGAAUGAAGAUCAACCCAUACGCGAUGUUCGUCAAGGAGAACUUCAAGAAGGAUCCAAACACCGUCGGAGCGACCGCCAUUAAGGAUCUAUCGGCGCAAUGGAACAAGCUCAGCUCUAGCGACAAGGAGGUAUACUCAAUUUAUCGCUCUCGCCCCCUCGGUGUUUGCAGACUCGAGCCUAAUUUCAGGAAAUUUUGGCUUGAGUCUGCAAACACCGAGGGGCAAUAGCGAUGAAUUGAGUCUAUUUAACGACAUCGAAUGAACGGCUCUGAUCAAAGUGAAUUUUCAGAAGUACAACGAUUUGUCGAAGGAGUACAACGAGAAGAAACUGAAUGAAUUCAAGAAGCUGUCCGCUGAAGAGCAAGAGAAGCUGGUCGCUGAGGCCAAAGUGAAGAAGGAAGAGAAGGCGGCUAGAAAGAAGACGAAGGCCCGUCGCGAACAGAAGAAGCUGGAAGGGAGACCGGCUGUUCCCCCGAAUGCGUACGCCCUGUUCAUCAAGGAACAGAUGACCGGACUGGACAAGAAUACGCUCUCUGAGAAGAUGAAGGAAUCGGCGGCCGAGUGGAAGACCCUGGACUCUUCCAAGAAACAGGUAGGCUUUUAAAUUGCAUGAAACUGUCGGAAAAGAGCGUUUUCAGAAGUAUACCGAUGAAGCGAAGAAGCUGAACGAUCAGUACCACAAGCAAAUGGAAGAGUGGGAGGCCGCGAAGAAGGAGAAGAAGGAGAAGAGCGACUAG